CGUUACGCCCUCAUGAAUUUUCGGUUCGUCUGUUCUGUUUAUAUUUUCUUCUUUCAACUUUCUACUCCUCAAAAAAGGAGAAGAAAAUGGCAGCCAAAUGGAGUAAUGAAUAUGUAGUUGCUGAACAUAAGGAUCUACAGGCAAGCACAAUGGCUCUUGAUAGUUCUGGACAAUAUGUACUAUUGGCUGGACGAAGGUGCUUAGCAAUUGUUGAUGUUGACAAUCCAUCAGUAGUGAUAAAGAAGUUUCCUCGUCAAAGCAAAUGGGAGGUUGGAUCAGCUGAAUGGAAUCCACACUCACAUCUUUCACAUCUAUGUGCCAUAUCGAGCAAUCAACGAACGGAGAUUCUUUCAUGGAAUUCUAUUGACUUCACACCUCUAAAUUGUUUGCGUUUCCACACGCGUGCAGUCAGCGAUUUAAAUUGGCAUCAUUUUGAACCUUAUCUCUUGGCUUCUUGUUCAGUUGACACUUAUAUUAACAUAUGGGAUAUUCGAGACCCUCGAAAGCCAUGCGUUUCCCUCUCUGCCGUAGUUGGAGCUACUCAAGUGCGAUGGAACCGCGUUACCAGCCAUUUACUAGCAACUGCUCAUGAGGGAGACGUUCGACUAUGGGACUGGCGGAAAGGGAGUUCCCCCGUGCAAUACAUUGCGGCACAUUUGCACAAAAUUCAUGGGCUUGACUGGAGUGCUAACCAAGAAUAUCAGCUUGCUACUAGUAGUCAAGACUGUACUGUUAAAUUCUUUGACGUAAACAAUCCCCGUUUAGUCGAGAAUGCCCUUAGAACCGUUUCUCCGGUUUGGCGUGCGCGAUUUACUCCCUUUGGAGAUGGCAUGAUGACAACACAAUUACGCCGAGGAGAAAACAGUUUGCUACUUUGGAGUCUAUCCGAUUUGUCCAAUCCGGUUCAUUCGUUUCUUGGGAAUAACGAUCUAGUUCUUGAGUUUGAUUGGAAAUCUUCCCGUUCCGAUGACGACGACUAUCAACUUAUCACCUGGUCAAAAGAUCAGAGCUUACGAAUUUGGAGAGUGGAUGUUAACCUUCAAAAAUUAUGUGGCUAUGAACCUGAAAAUCAACCACAAAUCGUGUAUGAAGAAAACGAAUCGACUUAUGACGUUUCUGCUGUUGACGCAAUUUCAACAAAAAGCGACAAAGACAUUGAAGUUGGGCUUGAAGUAGUGGAAGAAACCUAUUUAGACCUUCACCAUAGUUUGGCACCGUCUAAAAUUGUACCUGACUCGUUACGCCUAGCUGGACAUAAAACUGUAGCAGCCUCUAUAGCUGCAGCACAAGCUGUACUAACCAACACGUUAUCACCAACAUCCCAUCGGAAAAAGAAGUCUGCGCUGUCAAUAAACAGUAGCAUCGUCGGAAUAGAUGCGAUAUCUCAACCUGAACAUUAUUCAUUCAACAAGGAAAUCGACCAACUUAAGUCAUUAGGUUCCAUUGGUACUGAUAACUCUAUCAGUGUUUGUGAUGUAGACGAGACACAACGAAGCUUAACAACAGUGAUUCGCACUGCAAAGCAUCAAAUAAUACUUCAGAUUUCUAUGCCUCCAUCGUAUCCCGACGGAGCGAUUCCAAAUUUUCUAUUCGGAAAAGGAACGACUAUUGACAACAAUGCCAGAAGCAAAAUGUUAAAAGUUUUGAAACAAGCAGCAACUCUAUCGUGCCGCAAAGGUCAUCCGUCUAUAGAGCUCGUGCUACAACAACUUCUAAUUUCAGUCGAUCAAUUAACACCAAUUGAUAAGUCAGAAACGGAAUCGUCAAAGACCAUAACAUUGAAUGUUAACUCAUCAACUACCGGAAAUACUCCUUUCAGGUUACCGCAAACUGGUCUUGGGCAUCCUGGUUUCCUACAGAAUGGCGGUUUAUUUGGUAGUCUAACUCAUCAUCAAGACCACAAUAUUCCAUACCCUCGGUCAUCUGGUGCUCGAUUUUGCAGUGCUGGUAUGCUGAUUUGUUUUGGUCGACCAUCCUAUUUAAGGCGUGUGAACAGUAAAACUUCGGACACUUCAACUACACCUCGUUCUCUAUCCGUGAACCAAGCUUAUUCUUCAAACUUGGUACAGCAUAGCUUGGUAGCUUCAUCAAAUACGACUCCUUAUGGAUUGUUGUAUCCGCCCGUUGCUCAAAGUCCGACUGGUGAUCCGUCAGUCAGCAUCUCGUCUUUCUAUAACCAAGACAGGAGACAGAAAUCUCGAACUUCUAAGUCGAAAAAUAGACUUUCCUCUUAUAGCUCGUCUUCAGACGAAAAUAAAAGGGGAGCUCAAGAGGCACGUCAUCAUAAGGUGGUCGGAAUGGUGACGAUUUACGAUGCUUCUGGAUUGAUGCCACUGCAGUUAGAAUUAGCAGAAAGAUAUGUAUUUAGCGAUACUGAUACGGCAUGGAUGUGCAACCAAAAUGCAGCGGUUGCUGCGCAGUUUGGCAGAAAAGAUUUGACUUACAUUUGGUCGUUGGGUGCCCUUCUGGCAACUCCUACCUUGAUACACGAAAAUAAUACCAAUGACCUUGAUACCCCAUGGGCUCAAAAUCCAUUCGGCCGGAAGCUUCUUCAUGCGAUUAUCGACCACUACGUGAAAUUACGAGAUAUACAAACUGUAGCCAUGUUGUGUUGUGCAUUUGGUUACAAGUGUGAUAGUCAGGAAACUUUCCGGCGUAAAACAACACGAUCGGAGUCGGGCAGCCGCAACUUACGGUGGGGUUUAAAGCCAGGAGAAUCACCGUAUCAUACAAUACACCCGGGCGACACAACUUUAGAUAGCUGGAAUGUCUUAAAACAAAUACGUUCAAAUUCGUGGUCGGAUUCACUUGAUGAUUUUCGUCUUGGAACUGCUGGAAUUAACUCUGUCCCAAGUGGUCGCCCUUUGCCAAUCGCUUCCAUUUUCCUACCCCACUCCGUGACGAGCGUCGUUUCAGUGAAUGGGACUGAUGGAAUCGAAGAGUAUAAAGACAAGGAUUUCAGAUUACUAGAUCCGAAAUUUAAUGGAUUAUUUGAUAACUACCGUCGAUGUUAUGCUGAUAUCCUUUAUCGCUGGGGACUUCUCGAGGCUCGCGUUUUGGUUUUGAAAUAUUUAUCCACUCCUAUUGAUCCUCAUAGAGGCGUGGAUUUCGUAACUGAAUGUGUUCCUUGUAGGACUACUGUUAGAGGGCCGCAAUGCACCCUUUGCAAGCGUUUGCUUCUUAAUUGCGUUAUAUGUCGAGUUGUUGUAAAAGGCUCUGCGAGUUUUUGUCUGGUGUGCGGACACGGUGGUCAUGGUAGAUGCAUGUCGCAUUGGUUCACCGAAGAAGACGAAUGCCCUACAGGAUGUGGUUGCAACUGCUUGUUGGAAAAUAACACUGUGUUUUCCGUCUGAUAAUAUAUUAAAUCGCAUUAAA